ACUGCUCAUCAAUCCUUGCAGAUUUUUCUUGAAAAAAAAACACUCCAACACCUCUCUUUAUUACUCCACCUGAAAAGGUCUCUCUCCCUCUGAGAUACUCUCCAUCUCGCAUUCCAUGAUGAAGAGACCUAAUUCUUUCUUCAUAUGCCUCCUACUCUCUCUCUUCAUUCUUCUCCCUCUCUUUACUAUUCUAACUACAGCUGAUUCCCACUUUGAAGGAUUUGAAGCCGACGAUAACGACGACGACUCCUUCGAUUACGCUGACUCUUCCGAUCUUCCUCUCCGCACAACACCCCCUCCCGUAACUCGGUCUGCUUCAGUCUCGGAUCCCCUAUCGGAUCCGGAUCCGGAUCCUCUACCCUCACCCUCACCCGAUUCGGAUUCUGCAUCCCCUUCCUCUCCGACGGGUAAAACAACAACAGCGUCUACCUUCGAUUACUGGGACGAGGACGAAUUCGAAGGUCUGCCCCCUCCGGAAUCCACAGUUCGAGACUCCAAAUUUACGGAUAAUGCCACUCCCGCCCAAGACCCCAAAACGGCGGAGCCUAACUCAGGGAAUGACACCAGUACCUCGGUUGCUGGGACUACGAAGCCGAAAUCAAUUUUGUCUUACAAGGUUGAAAUAGUUUGCGUAUCUUUCUUGAUCAUUUUUGCUAUCAACUACUUCACCGGGAAAACAGAGAACGAGAACCUUGCGUUGGCGUGGGCAGCGAAGUUUGCCACUAAGGACUCCAUAUUUGAGAAGAAUUUUAGCUUAUUGGGGGUCGGCGAGGGUGAUGACUCGCCAUUGUUGCUUAAAGAGGGGCAGAAUGUGUUCAAGUUUUAUGCAAGCGGUCGCAGGUACUGUCAGGGGCUAUUGGCGACUAUGGAGUUGAAGAGCAGACACGAUUUGAUGGCGAGGUUGUACAAUAUGGUGGUUCCUUGCAGGGAUGAGAUCACUUUCGAGGUUUACAUGAAUGAGGAUGCCAUGGAUCACGUGGUUUUUGCAUUGGCCAAGAAAAAAGCGGCCAAAACGAUGCAGAAAGAGGUGAGGGACUUGCAAAGGUUUGCAGGAAUCCUGGCUACUCCCACUGGAAAUGGAGGCAGGAAGUGGGUAAUCGAUGACUUGUCCGUAAUAUCAGAGUCCAAGGAAGUCGCUGGGGAUUUGAUCACUGAAGCUGUGCUUGACCAGGUUUUUGGUGAAAAAGCUUUUGAGAAGUAUGGGAAAGAUUUCAUCUCAAUGCAUUUCUCUGAUCAACACUCUGGCGCACACAAGAAAGUACUUCUAUUCAAGUAUGCCCUCCCAGAUGCCAGCCGCAUGGGUGAUAUGACUCGUUUAGUGACUCUCGUACCCUAUUACAUUGAUUUAAUAGGGCGGUACAAGCUUAGCUCAAUGGCCCGGUCUAAAACAGAGGUAGCCAGAUCGAAGGCUGCUCAGGAGGCGUACAAAGAACUUCAGAAUGUUAGGCAAGAGGCCUUGCAGAGGAAGAAAGCAGAUAGGAAGAAGAUGAUGGAAGAGGCCGAGGCAAAACUGAGUGCAGAGGCCGUUCGCAAGAAAGAAGCAAAGGAGCGAGCACGUCAGAUGAAGAAGGGAAUGCCAAAGAUAAAGAUGACCCGUGCCCACUAGUGUAAUGAACUUACCUGUUACUAGUUCUUCCCUGUAUCCCUGUUGUAGGGGUUGGGUUUCCUAUGCCUUAAUUAAGUUUUGGAUUAAUGUACUCUCGUAGCGGCAAACUUUAGAUGUGCCAACUGCGUUAGUCUCAACAUUACCACAUUUUUGAGGGGUUUCAAAUUUCAAAUUUAUGGAAACGAGAUGAAUGAAACUAUUGAACAAAAUUUGUUUUGCCUAA